CCGCAAACGGGAAGGACUGAAAAUCACUUGAUGUCGGAACUAACCUGCUUGUUGUCCAUACACUUUCAUUGCGUCCCUUCACCUUCACACGCACAUCUCGCACGUGCACUUUUCCUUUUCUCUCGCCACUUAUCUCUCUCAUAUCACACACUCCUCUCUCUCUCUCUCUCCUCUCGCGCUCUCUCUCUCUAAAAUCAAAUCAUAACAUUCCAUUUCUAAAAACUUACUCAAAUUUCAAAACCCUAUAACUCCGCCAAUGGGAGCAGUCACGUCGUCGAUGGCGGCGAAGUUCGCCUUCUUCCCGCCGAAUCCGCCGUCGUACGGCAUCGGAGUCGACGAAACUACCGGAAAAAACAAGAUCACCGGAGUUUCAACUCGAGAAAACGUCGACGUUUUGAAGCUUUGUACCAAAAGAGCGAAUAACAUCGUUGCUUUGUAUAUAAAGAACACCUCAGCUUCUCUUACGGUUCUGUAUUCGCAUGGAAACGCCGCUGAUCUGGGUCAGAUGUACGAGUUGUUCAGUGAACUCAGUAUUCACCUCCGAGUCAACCUCUUGUGUUAUGACUAUUCUGGGUAUGGUCAAUCUUCAGGGAAGCCUAGUGAACAGAACACUUAUGCAGAUAUAGAAGCUGCUUAUAAAUGUUUGGUAGAAAUGUAUGGGGCCAAAGAAGAAGAUAUUAUUCUCUAUGGACAAUCUGUUGGUAGUGGUCCUACUACAGAUUUAGCUUCCCGUUUGCCCAAUCUUCGAGCUGUCAUUCUUCAUAGUCCCAUCCUAUCUGGCCUUCGAGUCAUGUAUCCUGUGAAGCGGACUUACUGGUUCGACAUUUAUAAGAACAUCGAUAAAAUUCCUUUGGUCAAUUGUCCAGUUCUGGUAAUUCAUGGAACCGCUGAUGAUGUAGUAGAUUGCUCCCAUGGGAAGCAAUUAUGGGAACAUUGUAAAGAAAAGUACGAACCGUUAUGGGUUAAAGGAGGAAAUCAUUGUGACCUAGAACUUUACCCUCAAUAUAUAAAGCACCUAAAGAAAUUUAUCGCAGCCAUUGAGAAGUCCUCACGUCAUAGAACCGAACCUGGACCAGCUCCCGAUCAACUAGACAUACCUCGGGACAGCAAAGAUUUCAGAGAGAAACCUAGACCUAGCAUGGAUCUUAGGGAGAUCUCUAGACGAAGUAUUGAAUUCAAAGACAAGUCUAGAAUAAGCACGGACCUUAAAGAAAAAUCAAGAUCUGGAGUGGAUAAAAGAGAUAAAUCAAGAAAGAGUGUAGAUCGCAGCGACAAAGUAAAUAAUGGAGUAGCAGAGAUUCCUGAGAAAGCUAGAAAUAGCAUUGACCGUUUUGGGGGGAUGGUGAGAUCGGUUGGAUUAUGCAAUAUUGAUUGUUUCAGACCCUCGGCAACUCACGCAUAAAGACGACAUGCUUACACGCCGAGGUUGUAUUCUUCUAAUUGAUUAUUUGAUUGGUUUAUGGGAUGUAUGGUUUAUAGGAAACUGCUCCAGUGUGUGAUUUAUUUUCUAAAAUUUAUAGAUAUAGAUGAAAAAGUAAUUUAACCAGGCCACAAAAUUUUCUUCAAAUAUCAUAAUCUAACUUCUCUGUUUUUAGUAUAUGACUGCAUAGACCAAGGUAGUAGUGACUAGUGAGUUCUAUUGUUUGGGUUGGUGUUGCUUGUCAUACAAACAACACUUAUACAAAAUGUCUACCAUUUAUGAAGUGUUAGAUUUACUUCUACUUCUGUGGAGUGUUACUUUUAAAAAAGAAUCUGCGCGAAUACUUGAUGAUUUCAGAUGCUUUAAGUGUUGUUUUAUCCUUAUACUUGAUAUUUGUUGAAAAAAAUGUGUAUUCAUAAUACUAACAAGUAACAACUAACUUUACUAUUAGUGUUUUGUUCCACGUCUCUUUAUGAAAGACUCAAUAGUUUGGAACUUUAUCAUGAACUCCCUAGUUGGGGAUGCUGUUUAUAGUUCUCUGCUUCAUGGUUUUAAUAUAAAUUUCUCGAUUGGAGCAUUGUGGAAUAGUUCUCAGAAAAAAGAGUAACACGAAUACAAUUGUCAACAAAAAUGAAAAAAAAUAAAGUCAACAAAAACAUUUGAUGUAUUAUAUUUUUUAUUGACUUGUAUCUUUAUUUACUGGAAUUGUUUUGAAUCUUAAAAAUAAUGAAAAUGAUUAUUAUUGUAAGGUUAAGUUACACCUAUAGUUUAAAGAAUCAACAACUUUGUAGUAUUGACUACUUUAACAAAGAAACAUCACGUGUGACGUGUAUGUCGUUGGAGAACCUAAAUCCUUAGCGUAAGAAACAACCAAUAAGAUGAGAGAAAAUUUUAAAUUUAUUUAACAUUUAAAUUAUUUUUAAUUGAAUUUAUGGAGUGGUUGUCAUAGAGGAGAGAAAUAAUUUUUAUUUAUUUUUUAAUUAAUAAAAUAUUGUAAUUGGAUGUUUGUAAAUUACUA